UCCGACCAUUGGUUUGAACGGAAAUCAUUCACAAGGGGAUAAAUACACAGAGAAGUUCACAGGCAAUGGAUCUAACCUACAUGUAGAAAAAUGAAUAAAUAAGAAGCAGCACACAGACUGUGACUGACGGACAGGCCAGGAAUCAAAACUCCCAGGAUUCAAACUGUUUCUUACUUUCUUGACUGAGCUUCAUUUCAAGUAAAUAUUGAAAGGCGGAUAGGACAUUUGUUGGCGCUUGAGUCUGGAAACCUGGUCUGAAAACAGAGCAGACGUCUGUCUGUCUGUCCACCCCCCCUUCCCUCCCUCACGUAAGACUCAAGAUUCCUCCCCCCUUCCAGCCUCUCCCUUCUCUCCAUCAGCUGUCGCUCUCAAUCCCUCUUCGGAAAAUCCCUACAGCAGUCUGCAAUGGAGAACAACACAAGCCCAGGCAUUCCAGUAGUUUCUGAGUUUCAUACAAGCUUCCAGGUCAACACAGAGACAACAACAUCCCUACAGCAGUCUGCAAUGGAGAACAACACAAGCCCAGGCAUUCCAGUAGUUUCUGAGUUUCAUACAAGCUUCCAGGUCAACACAGAGACAACAACAACAACAACAACAACAACAACAAUAUACAACCUCACAACCGCAGGUGUUGAAGCAGAAGAUGGAUCCUACAAUACCAUCCUGGCAGGGGUGAUCGCCGCGGUGAUCCUGGUGCUGAUCUGCCUGGCCGUCGUGCUUCUCCAUUACAUACACCAGCGCAAGGGAACCUACCGCACCAACGAAGCCAAAGGCACAGAGCGCCCAGAGACUCCUGACGCCGCACUGAAGAGAGAUCCAGGACUGGAAGGUUCCAUGGACGACGGCAACAAGGAGUACUUCAUUUAAAUGGCGUGUCCGCGCCAGGUCUAAGCUAGAGACUCAACCUGUGCCUUGGUCCAUAGCACAAAGAAAAUAGUACAUUCUAAAAUUUAUUUUAAAUUGCUAUAUAUUAACUUCAGAAAAUGUCAAGUGAAAUGUCAAGCAUGUAGCUCCUUCCACUCAUAUGUGAGGCAUUGGGAUGGCUCUUUUGACACCUACAAAAAUGCAACACACACACACACACACACACAAUUGUGCAAACAGUGAGACAUAUAUACUCUGUGAGCAUUUAUUAUGUAUCACUUUAUUUUUCUGCUGCUGCAGCCUAUCCACUUAGAGGUUUGACACGUUGUGUGUUCACAGAUGUUCUUCUGCAUACAACUGUUGCAAUGUUUUGUUAUUUGCAUUACUGUCAUCUUCCUGUCAGCUUUGACCAGUCUGGUCCUUCUCCAUUGACCUCUCUAAUUAAGGCAUUUUUGUCUGCAGAACUGCUGCUCAUUGGAUAUUUUUAGUUUUUCGCUCCAUUCUCUGCAAAGUUUAGAGACUGUUGUGUGUGAAAAUCCCAGUAGAUCAGAAGUUCCUCAGAUAUUCAAACCACCCUGUCUGGCACCAACAAUCAUUGUCAAAAGUUAAAAAGUCACCUUAGAUUACAUUUCUCCCCCAUUCUGACAUUUGGUCUGAACCUCUUGACCACAUCAGCAUGCUUUUAUGCAUUUAGCUGGUGUACAGGUCUACCUAAUAAAGUGCUCACUGAGUACACACAAACACACACACAAAACUGUGAGGCAUCCACACACACAAACAAAUGUACUGUGUGGACAGUGAGGCAUACACACACACACACACACUGUGCAGAGAGUGGGAGACACUGCUGCCCCACUACCACAGUGUUGGCAAUGGAUAUUCAUGAUUCAAAGGGUGCCAAAAACAUGACGAACAGAUGUAAUGUCUGUGACUUUGUAGUAGGAUAUUUUUUGUUUUGUGAUUUAUUUCCUGAGAAAUGUGAAGUGAUGCCUGUUUCUGAAAUCAUCAUCAUCAUCAUCAUCAUCAUCAUCAUCAAUUCUAUCACAACAUUAGAAUUCCCUCACUGGCUGAUAUUCUGCAGUAUGUCAGGCAUGCCUGUGUCCUGCAGUGCAGAUCAAUCAAAUGCACAUCACAUUGUGCCAAGAUUUGGGUUGCAAAGGAAAUUUGACGUUUGGAGUCAUUUAGCUGACACUUUUAUGUGAAGCGACUUACAGCUGAUUAGACUAAGCAGGGGGCUAAACUAAGUUUGGGGCCUUGCUCAAAGGCCCAACAGCUGCACUGAUCUUGUUGUGGCUAUAUUGGGGCUUGAACCACCAACCAUCCACCGACAUUUGGAGAUAAGAUGAAAAUAGGCAAGCCAUCAACCAGCACGACAAUGCCUGGAAGCAUUUGCUUUCAGUCGGGGUUACACAAGAUGCUUUACUUCAAAAAGUUGUGUGUGUUUGAAAGUUGUGGCUGCUAUUAUAGAGCCAACCAAUCAGCUUGCUGAAAUACUAUUAUUUCCCUUUAAAUAAAACAUAAAGAGACACAGACUGACAAUAGAAAGGGGUAUACCCUGUGUGGCAUUAAUAGUUGAAUUAAUUGGCAUUGGUUUGGAGUCAAUUGGUUAUGUGACCUUUAAGCUAUUGAAAUAUUAAUAUAAUACUUGAAAUAUCUGUAAAAAUUCAAACAUGAACUCCUGGGGGCAUCCUCUUGAUCCUAAAUACAUUGUCUGAAUACUCUCAGCCCUGUGGUUAAAAAGCGAUUAUUUUAUUAUUUUACUUGAUCACCAUUUUUCAGACAAUGAAGCACUUUUCAGAUGGCCUAAAAUUACAAUUCGUUGCGAACAUAUAAAUAUUGUUUAAGAAUAAAUAAUGUGCCUAAUGGGUAACUGAAAUAUUAUGCCUUAAUGUUGUACGGUCCCACAUCAUAACGUAGUUGUUCUGGAAUGUGUUACCAUUGUCAUUUUGAAGCUAUUGACGAAAAAUAUUGUUGUAUUAAAAGUGCGAGGAAAAAAAAGCGUUGCGCCGCGUUCACUGGGCUCCAUUGAUUAACAAACAGUUAUUUUGAGCACUGUGCAUAGUGUUUUGUUGAAGAGCUUAAUAGCUUAAGUCCGAAAAUUGAAUAUUGAACUUUACCGCACUUAAACGGCAUCAGGCACAUACGCUUAAACAUUAGCGUUCAACCAUUCCAACUAACACGACUGUUUAGAUACAAAAAAAUAGCUUACACGUGCACAGAAACACAUUAAAAACGUACUGUCAAUGUGUAAAUGUGAUAGCCAACGUCCAGUUAUAGCAGUGAAGUAAGUUCCACACCUUAUAAGUUCGUAUGUAUAUACAAAACUAGUGCACACACAGACCGUCAAU